AUGGAGUCUCGAGAAAAACGCGGUUGGGCGCAUAAACUUCGCUGGGUGCAUGCAAAAGAUGGACGCCAGAAUUUGCUUAUUUUUCCAGAGACACACCACGUGAAAAUCAGCCGCCUCAAAGUGAAUGAAUGCUUUUUCAUAAGACGGAAACCUGAUGAAAAAUGGCGAAAGUGCACAAUUCAAAACUACGCGACAGACACAAAUGAGAGGCUAUUACAGUACGAAACCGUUCUGAAUCUUCUCUCCAGGUCAUCGCUUUGCGCGAUCGUGACAGAUCUUGGGGGAAAUGCCGAUGAAGCGCAAAUGCAAUCUGAUAAUUACCGAGCUAACAUUCGGAAACGCGCUCGCGAGUUGAUCCAGUGGAUUCUUGUCUCAGGCGAUUCUUCUUCUCUUGGCGUCACUAAGGACAAUAUUAUAAAUACCUGGGCGAGAAGAUACCGCCAACAGAGAUUCCAGGCUUGGGCAAGUCCGCUAGGCAAAGCUUAUGAUCCCGUCGGAAAAACUGAAAUGCAUACACCCAAACUCAUCCGACGAAGCCUUGCGUUAGAAUUGGAAGAAGAAGAAAAUGCGACUGAAGCGGACUACGAGCCCUCAAUUGAAUUACCUGCCUCUGCAAAAUCGCGAAAGAGGCGUGAGAAAACGAGUUCUCUCAUUCAGUCGGAAAUCCGCUCCGGCAAGAAUGAGCAAAAUCUUCUUAGAAAAGUUUCAAAUGUCCGAAAAUAUCUACUUAGCAGACCUUUUGAAACUGAAUGA